AUGGAGUGUCGUACCUUAGAAAUCAACAAUAUUUCAGCGAAAGACCUCAAGAAUGUCAACCUUAUCACCAAGAUGGACGUGUAUGCGGUAGUUUCGAUCACCGGCGGCGACAAGAAGAUCAGGCAGAAGACGAAGACCGCCGUGGACAGAAACGGAAACACCAACCCCACCUGGAACAUAGCCAUAAAGUUCACCGUACCGGAGUCUACACUCCGUCAGAACAUUCUGAGUCUCGAGUUCAAGAUCCGAUGUGAGGCCAUGCUCGGCGACAAAGACGUCGGAGAAGUGCACGUUCCUCUCAAAGAGCUGCUCGACUCCGCCAGAGAUGGUAAACAGCAGUUUGUCAGUUAUCAAGUGAGAAAACCAUCUGGCAAACCCAAAGGUGAAUUGAAUUUCUCUUACAAGUUCGGAGAAAAAGCCGCCGGGCCAGCUUUACCGGUGGCACAUAAGGCUGAUGAGCCUGUCACCGCUUAUCCCGCACCUCCGGUGGUGGGGCCCAGUUCAGGAUACGGCCCGCCACCUCCGCCAUCGUAUGCGGCAGGAGCUGGGUAUCCACCACCUGAAGGACAUGCAUAUCCUCCUAAUCCGUAUCCACCACCUAGAGGAUAUUAUCCUCCUCCUCCUCCUCCCCAGGUGGCUGGCUAUGGUGGAUAUCCACCACCUGUAUAUGGCGGAUAUCCACCACAACCACCGCCACCGGGUUAUGGGUACCCACCACCGCAAGUGGGGUAUAGUGGGUACCCACCGGUACAACAACCGCCGAAGAAGAAUAAAUUCGGGUUAGGAUUGGGGGCAGGAUUGCUCGGAGGAGCGCUUGGUGGGAUGUUGAUCGGAGAUAUGGUGUCCGAUGCCGCGUAUGACGGUGGGUAUGAUGGUGGUUUUGAUGGAGGAUUUGGUGACGGUGGGUUUUGA